CAUUUGCAAAUACUAAACGUAGAUGGAACUGCACGUGCCGUUAACUUCUCCAUCCUAAUCCUUUUAUAUAAAAAAAGCCGGCUGCUGUUGCAGCCCGGUCACGUCCCAGCAAGGGGGCUUGUGGAGCAUGCGUAGUGUUGGAGUUGGGAAGCCCGGGGAGCUGUCCAAGUGCUGAAAUGUGCCGGCGGUGUGAGCUCUCUUCUUUCUGCAUUGGCCGCUGAAGCCAGCGUCCCCACCCCUUAUCCCUCGCCCUCUCCAGCAUCCAGGCCGAUGUGGCUGCUCUCCGGCACGAAAGCCGGCGCCCGCCCGUCCACCGUACCAUGAAGUUUGAGUCCUCCCGUUCCCUGACGUCGUGCUUCCAGAGGUGCUUUGGGAAAAGAUGCCAUUCUGACGCUCUUGACUCCUCGCGGCAGCAGCAGCUCCCUUUCCAAGUCUUCCUCUUAGACAAUGAUACUGUGGACUGAUGUCCUGCAUUGUUCUCUCUCCGCCUGCAUCAACCCAGUCGUACUUUCCGCCAAUUGGAUCUGAGUUUCCGACACGGUUAACCGAUUCUUUAUCUUUUUGUUUUGGAAGAGGAGGAGGAGGGGGUGUGGGGGUGCGGAGGUACUUUAUUUCUCGAACAUUGCCCGCGAUCCCAGACUGACAGGGACAGAGGAGUUUGACGGAAUGAAUCGACCACUUGUGAAAAUCCUGACAACGUUGGUCGCUUGCAUCUUAGAAACCAGCAACUUCAGGUUAGCACACUCCAAGGAGCAUGACUCUAGGUCUUCAACCAAGCCGGCCUCGCAGGCCAUGUCCCCCUCAGAUUUUCUGGACAAAUUGAUGGGAAAGACAUCAGGAUACGAUGCCAGAAUCAGGCCAAAUUUUAAAGGUCGUCCUGUUAAUGUUACUUGCAACAUAUUUAUCAACAGCUUUGGUUCAAUAGCAGAAACUACAAUGGACUACAGAGUGAAUAUUUUCCUGCGACAGACAUGGAAUGAUCCACGAUUAGCCUACAGUGAGUACCCAGAUGAUUCCUUAGACUUGGAUCCCUCCAUGUUGGAUUCCAUCUGGAAGCCUGAUUUGUUCUUUGCAAAUGAAAAGGGUGCCAACUUUCAUGAAGUGACAACGGACAACAAACUGCUUCGCAUUUUUAAAAAUGGAACUGUUUUAUACAGUAUAAGACUGACACUUACAUUAUCCUGUCCAAUGGAUUUGAAAAACUUUCCUAUGGAUGUACAGACAUGUGCGAUGCAAUUGGAGAGCUUUGGAUACACAAUGAAUGAUCUGAUUUUUGAGUGGUUGGAUGGAGAGCCUGUGCAGGUCGCAGAAGGACUGACACUUCCACAGUUUCUACUCAAGGAUGAGAAGGAACUAAAAUAUUGCACGAAACAUUAUAAUACAGGGAGAUUUACCUGCAUUGAAGUGAAGUUCCUUUUGGAAAGACAGAUGGGUUAUUAUUUAAUCCAGAUGUACAUUCCAAGCCUGCUGAUUGUCAUUUUGUCCUGGGUGUCAUUCUGGAUUAACAUGGACGCUGCUCCGGCGAGAGUAGCGCUGGGCAUCACAACAGUUCUGACGAUGACGACACAGAGUUCUGGCUCUCGAGCUUCACUUCCAAAGGUUUCAUAUGUCAAAGCUAUUGAUAUUUGGAUGGCAGUUUGUCUCCUCUUCGUCUUUUCGGCGCUGCUGGAAUAUGCUGCCGUAAAUUUUGUGUCACGUCAGCACAAAGAAUUUUUGCGUCUUAGAAGAAGACAGAGAAGACAAAAUAAGGAUGAAGAACUGGCUCGGGAGAGUCGCUUUAACUUCAGUGGAUAUGGGGUGGGUCAUUGCCUUCAAGUCAAAGAUGGCACAGCUGUCAAAACAGCAGCUCCAAAUCCUCCACCACCACAGCCCAAGGAUGCAGAAGCCAUCAGAAAGAAGUUUGUCGACAGAGCAAAAAGAAUUGACAUGAUAUCCCGUGCUGCCUUCCCUUUAGCAUUCCUCAUUUUUAACAUCUUUUAUUGGAUUACAUACAAAAUUAUACGGCAUGAAGCUGUCCAUCAGCAGUAGGCAACAUUCCACCAGAAGGCCUCCCUUCACUUGGACUGCUCAUGACCAAGUUAUGCUAAGUUGUCUUUGUUGUUUGCUGACUGUUCUUCACUAAGUGACUAACCUAGAUUGAAAGAAGGCUGAAAAUGUUUGCAUUCUACCUGGCUAGCAUUAGAAUGCUACAAUAUGAAAGUAUUAAAACAGGCCAUAAUGCACUGUGUUGCCUAUUGGGACAUGUUCUUCCAGUGUCUAACUUUGGCUGAUAAUUUUUCCCUGUAAACCUAUCCAUGGCAGUUCUGGCAAACUGUGGUAAAGGAGCCAAGUGUUCCAGGUUAGAAGCCAGGCCUUUGAGUGGGGAUGAGAGGGUGGGUGUGGUGUCUGGAGGUGGCAUAGGGAUGGUAGAGGAAGAAAACAUCUAGAAGAAUAAAGCAAGUCUACAGUUGUUUCAUAUUUUUAAGGAACGGUAGUUUUUACGGACAUGCAACAGAAACAAGAUCACACUUUUUUUUCAAAGAUUGGUAUGUUUACAAUGGUUCCAGUACAAUGAAUCAAGAGUGGACCAAAAUUUUACAAGAAAUCACUGCCUUUAUAUUAAAACAAUGUCCAACUGAGCUACAUUCCAUUGCCAUGCAGGUGUUAGUAAUUCACCAGAGUCAUUCUGUGCUUAGAAAUAUUAUUUCUACACAUAUAUAUAAAAUGAAAAAAAAUCAUAUACUUUGAUAUUCUCGUUGAACAUAUUAAAUUUUUCACAUUUCAGGAAGAAACUUAUCAUUAACUUGAAGGAGUAAAAUGAUGUUUUAUGUUGUGUGAUUUAUUUAAAGGCAUAUACUCAGAUUGCAUAUGCUUUUUAAUUUUAUUAUUUAAAUUUUUAGGGAGUUGUGCUUUUAAAAAAAAUUAUGUUGCUUUGUUUCAUAUGUAUCUCAAGGUGCCAAACUGUAAAUAUAUUGUUGUGUGACUUUCACCACAGUAUAAUUGACGAGAUUGUUGUUUUCUUAAUGCUGUAGCUCAGUUUAGCCUUGUACAGGUCUUAAUGCUGUAGCUUUUUAUGUUAGUAAUAAGUGAAACCAAUAGCAUUUAGAUAGGUUAUUGUGUCAAAGAAUAUUAAACUCCUAAUUUAUUCCUUAAUCUGCUUCUGAUAUAAAAUUGCUCUUCGAUUUCAAUGCAAUCUGAAAGACAAUUAACCAUUUAUUUGCUGGUGUGAGGUUAUUUUGAUCAAAAGCAGACUAUUAAAGGAGUUUAGGUGUAGAUGUGUUAUUAUUUGGAAACUGAGAAACUAUUUGUUUGAUCUACUUUUUUUUCAUUUAGCUUUACUAUUGACUUACUAGGUUAGUAAAUCAAAUCUUUCAGAAAUAAGAAACUGUUCACGUCUACUUAUCCACAAUAUAAAUAAAGUGGCUACAAUUUAUUAUGCUCCUUUUUCAAAAUAUCUUACUUUCCUUUCUGUCUCUGUUGUAGAGUCAUACAGCACAGAAAAAGACCCUUCGGUCCAACCAGUCCACGCCGACCACAAUCCCAAACUAAACUAGUCCCAAGUUGCCUGCACUUGGCUCAUAUCCCUCCAAACAUUUCUUAUUCAUGUACUUAUCCAAAUGUCUUAAAUAUUAUAAAGUCCCAGUUUUUCCAGCUCUCCUUAUUACUCAAACCCUCCGCUCCUGGUAACAUCCUGGUAAAUCUUUCCUGAACCUCCUCUAAUUUAAUAGAAUCCUUCCUACAGCAGGGCAACCAGAACUGGACACAGUACUCCAGAAGAGGCCUCAUCAGCAUCCUGUACAAAUUCAACAUGUCUUCCAGCUGCUGUACUCAAAGCUCUUAGCAAUGAAGGCAAACACGUUAAAUGCCUGCCCUGGCUAGGUGUAACACAAACUUCAAAGAUUUAUGUACCUAACUAAGGCCCUGCUAUUAUUUGUUUCAAUCCGGCCCUUGUUCGUUUUACAAAAUGCAAUACCUCGCAUUUACCCAAAUUAAACUCCAUCUGCCACUCCUCAGACCAUUGACCCAUUUGAUCAAGAUCUCUCUGAUAACCUUCUUCACCACCCACAUUACCACUAAUUUUAGUGUCAUCCGCAACCUACUAACCAUGCCUUCUAUAUUCUCUUCUAAAUUAUUUAUAUAAAUGACAAACAAAAAUGUAAUAUACAGCAAAAAGCAUCUGGAAACACAAUCUUGGUAGCAUAAGUAAUUUCCAAUGUUGAAAAGCAGAAGACAUUAAAUUGCCAGUAAAAUGCCGAGUUGUCAGUUGAAAUUAAAUUUCUGCCAACUUUUCUCACUCAAUAGAGUGCAUCAUUGAAUAAUUUAUAUGCUAUACAAAACCGUGUAGUAACGAACAUUUAUACUGAACUCAGAAUAAAAGUGUAGACUGGUGAAUGUGGUUCUGUAUUUUAGCCUAAUUCUCUUGUUGUCAACUAUGCCCCAUUACAAUAUGGGACAGAUUCAGCAUCUUUCAUGUUCAAAUCCUGCACAUUAUCAGUUCUUUUAAAGUUGAAAGCAAUUAAAACGUAUUCUCUGAGUUUCAUGCACAGAUGAUUUUGCCUAUCUGACCAGGAUAUUCUUGGAAUUUCACAGGAGAGGAUUUCGAGAAGUGAGAAAAAGAAAUUCUAUGCAAGAUAGAAGGAUUUAGAUAUGAUAUGGCAGGCAGUUUCUUUCAUUAAUUUAAAAUGGAGGUGUUAUGUACAGAGCACAUUAUGGGAAUACGUGGAUACUUCUCUGUGCAUGGUAUCAAGGAACAAUCCUUCCUGAAAAAGAAAAUAAAGCAUUAUGAUAAUUAUGUUAUAAUUUGAUUCCUUGUUCCAAUCACCAGGUUGGUCUCCAAUUUUCCAAAAUCCAGUUACAAUAUUUUAGAAACA